UCUGGCCUUCCCAAUAGACAAGCCUUUGAUUACCAACCUUGUUUACGCCCUACCUAUCAUCCUGUAGACAUUUCACGUCCGUGUAGAAAAGACCGCUGUUUUCUUUGUCGUUUUGACUACCCACCAAACUUCUCACUAUAUAAGUCUUAUCUUAGGGUGCAGUUUCGUAAUAAUUUGAAAGUAUGCUGUUCGAAUGAGCCUCAUUUUAAUUUAGUCUAUCUAUGCUCAUGCUCUUGCGGCCUAACAUAUGUCGGCAUCACGACGGCUGACACUGCCUACAACUAUAAUCGAAUGCACCUACAUGAACAGAAGAUGAAUAGCUUAGAUAAAGAAGAUCCGCUACAGAUACAUACAACAGUCGACUUCCCAUCACACACACAGGCCUGGCGAGUGCUAUGGGUAGAAGACGAAACUGGCUUAGCUUCCGUAGGGGGGCACAGAGUCAUCAAUUUGAUAGAGUCUUUCUUUAUUAUGGCUUAUAAGACGUUCCACCCUUAUGGCCUCAACCAGAGAUGGAUUUGCCCAAUUACAUUCAAAGAAGUAGAUAGCGCGAAAC